ACAGUGAAGAUGGAUGCAGUGAAGGAGCUGUGCACCGCAGAGACAACAGAGAAGGCUGUGCAGCUGCCACUGGUGGCUAAGGGGAACUCUGCAACACCAGCCUACUUCUCAGUUGUCCCUUUGACUGUGGGAGAAAUUCCAAUUACUAUUACUGCUUUUGACAAGGUUUCUGGGUAUAGUGACAGCAUUAGGAAGAACCUCAAUGUUGUGGCAGAAGGUGUUUUACAGAGAGAAGAGGAAACCAUUUGCAUUAACAGUGGCUUAAAAUCCCAAACACUGGACCUGAACAGACCACCUGAUAUGGUACCAGGUUCUGAUAGUCAUGUGUUUGUUAGCCUGAAAGGGAAUAUUAUGGACAAGUCUGUUGAAAAUUGUCUUAGUCUUACUGGAGUGGAGAAACUUAUUCAAGUGCCCACAGGCUGUGCAGAGCAAACAAUGGUCACAAUGGCCCCUGCAGUCUACGCUAUUGAGUACUUGGAUGCCAGUGAGCAGUGGGUGAACUUUAAUCCUGAACGGAAGCAGGAAGCCAUUAGUAUGAUUGAACAAGGUUAUACUAGACUGCUUGAGUUUCAGAAGGUGGAUGGCUCCUACGGAGCAUUUAAAAAAAUCCCCAGUAGUGUAUGGUUAACUGCAUUCAUUGUUAAAGUACUCACAAGGUGCAGAGAUUACAUUGGUGUCCAAGACAAUCACAUACUCAACUCCAUUUCCUACUUGAUUAAUCAACAGCAGGCAGAUGGUUCAUUCCACGACCAUCACCCCGUAUUGGACAGGUCAAUGCAGGGUGGCAUUAAGUUAGCAGAAGAGGAUUUGGCUAUGACAGCCUUUGUAACCAUAGCAUUGCAACAGACGCUCCAGGUCUACAAGUUACCUGAUGUGGUAGAAGGGAUUAGAGGAGCAGUGGAUUACAUGAAAAAUCAACUUUCGAGAAAUACUGACUGCUAUUCUACAGUCAUCACGGCUUAUGCUCUGACACUUGUGCAGUCUGAUAGUGAAGAAGCCCAGUUUGUGAAAGAAAAAUUAAGGGACUGUUCUGUUUUUGAUGAAGCAAAGCAGCAGCGCUACUGGGGAAAUGGGAACGAUGCUGUCUCAGUGGAAACCACGGCCUAUGCACUGCUUCAAACAUUGCUCCUGAAAGACAUGGAGUACACAAGGCCUAUUGCUACGUGGUUGACAGAAAGAAGAAACUACGGUGGAGGGUACUGCUCUACACAGGACACAGUAGUGGCCUUAGAAGCUCUGUCAGCAUACAGCAUACAGACAUUGAACACUGCUUCCACUGACCUGACUGUCAAACUGGGAACACCUGGAAGACAAAAUGACUACACCAUUGUUCUGACUGAUACUGAUGAAGAGUUUCAGAAGCAGACAGAGUUUGAACUUGGGAGAAAACUUGAAGUAUCAGUACAUGGCAGAGGAAGUGGGACAAUGAGUAUAUUAAAGAUGUACUGGUCUUCUGAGCUGAAGAACAAUACCUGCAAUGAUUUGAUUUUGACGGUGGAAAUGGAAGGGAGCAUCAGGUACUCUGAAGCUGAAUACUCUGAUGAAAAUGAUGGUGAGGACUUGAUUGCUGCAGAAAACAGCACAUUUGAGGGGCUUUCUGGCAUAGAGUGGUUUGAUAUCCACAGCAGAAGGAAAAGGGAUGCCAUCACUCCCAGUAAAGUAGAAUCACUGCGGUACAAAGUCUGUGUCAGGUAUGUCUGCAAGACCAGCUCUUCAUUUGUUUGUAAUUCUCCUUGGUCACCCUCUUCAUAUCCACAAACUCAGCAUCCAACAUGGUGAUC